CCUCCUCCCGAGGCUCUCGCCAAGCCUGCUGCCCCCUGCCCUGCCCCCGAGGGGCCCAACCUCUCCCCCUGCAAGCAGCCAAUUUCACUUUCUCUUCGCCCCCUCUCUCCGCCUCCUGCCACUUACUCCGCCCCCUAAACCCGUUUUCCGCCCCCUGCCCAUCACUCCCUGCCCCUCCCCCCGCAUCACGCGUCUGGGGAGCGCCCUCGGCCGCGAGCAGACAAGUCUGCCGGAAGUCCUGCCGUAAAGCGUGCCGCCACAAUCGUACUAGCGCCGGUUCCCUUGGAGACAGGCAACGCGCACAAGAUGGCGACGCCAGCGGAGGCGGCUACGGACUUCGCCGAGGCGGCUGAGGCUGCGGAACUGAGCCGCUCGCUAGGCCGCCUGCUGCCGGGGCUGGAGACCGAGAGUAAGCUGGGGCGGCGGCGUGCGCUGGAGGCUCUGGAGCACGCCCUGGAAGAGGCGGUGCGGCCCGGCGUGGAUUCUGCUGCCUUCCAGGGCCCCUGGGCUCGUCUGCUGCUGCCGCGCCUGCUGCGACUUCUGACCGACCCGGCCGAGGGCUGUCGCGCGCUGGCUGCUCACCUGCUGGACUUAGGCCUGCGCCGCGCCGCUCGGCCGCGCGACGCUCUACCGCUGCCUCUUGUGUCUCUGACUUGA